GCAGACUCCGCAUCAGUCGGCAGUUCCCAAUAAACCUCACUCGUGAAAGGUUGUCUGAACAGUGGGUGACCACCGAGAGGUUCUUAACGUUCAGAGGUCUAACGUGUUUGUGAAGGUGAUCGUUAGCGACGAAAUCCGAAGUGCUCAGCCCGUGACACGAUGGUCGUCCUGCAGCCCAUCAAGCCCGGUGCGCCCAGAUUCACCCUCGCCCUGAAGCGUGGGCGGGCGAGACGGGCGUUGUCUCUCCUGGGCACCAACGACGCCCAGCAGAACCUCCAGCUGGCCGAGUCCCUGCUCACCAUCUCCUCCGAGGACUUUGCCAAGAAGUGGAAUUUCGACCCCGUGCGAGAGACGCCCCUGGAGGGCGGCCGGUUCCAGUGGACGCCCGUGACGGCGCCCGAGGCCAGGCACAGUGCCAGCGAGAACGAGGACCUUCAGGCUUGUCUCAGCGUGCCCAGCCUUGACUUGCCCCGGCCAGGUGCGGCGGCCGAGGGCGUGCAGGAGGUGGUAGCGGAGUGUCGCCUCGUCGUGGCUUCCCUCGAGGCCGGAAGACCCACGUGUCUCUCCAGCGCCGCGCCCGCGCACGCCCGCGCCCAGUCCGGCGAGUCGUGCCCGCAGUGCCCCGACUCCGCCGCCGCCGCGCCCGCCGCUACGCGCAGAGUCGCUCCUGCCCAGAACGCCAGAGACGGCGCAUCCGCGGCAGCCACGGCGGUCACGGAACCUGCGCCCUCGGAUGCCCCGGCGGCGAGAGUGCCCAGCGCAGACGCGCCCACGCCCACGCCGCAGUCAGAGGACAACACCCCAGCCCAGCCCACGCCCGCAGAGGUCACGGUCUCAGCAGAGGCCACGCCCACAGAAACCACCAGUUCGGUGCUUCCUACGGCCGCCGCCCUCAGCCUCCGCCAGACGUGCAUCACAGAUUUCGUGAGGCCACGCAAGAGACGCGCCGUGAGCAUAGAGUCCCAUUAUCACGUGCCACACAAGAAGGCUCUUCUGCAGUUGCGGGCGUGAGGUACUCUCAAAAGCCCCAACGCCCUUGGAAAAGGAGGAGGAGGAGGAGGAAGAAGGAAGGAGGAAGGAGGACUUGAGGAGGAAGGACGGAAGUAAGGAAGGAAGGAAGGAAGGAGGGAGGAGGAGGAGGAGGAGGAGGAGGAGGAGGAGGAGGAGGAGGAGGAGGAGGAGGAGGAGGAGGAGGAGGAGGACUGGAGACGCGACUGAAGGAUGAAGGAUGCUGGAAGACCAAAGACGCGCGGUCCUGCUUCAGGAAGAGUGGGGCGAGCGAGGAAGGAAGGCGUAGGAGGCGACCCGCGGGAGGGAGGGAGGAGAGGGAGGGAGGGAGGGAGAGUCGCUUUCAUUCAUUUGACUCACAUUUUGCCUGAGUGGAAGUCAUUGUAAAGUCAAUUCACUUUUACUUCCGCUGUUUGGCUGAUUUUUAUUUUCUUUUUCUUGUCUUUUCUUAUAAGGAACCAACGCAUCCACACCUAUGAGUGGAUCAAAGCCUGUUUUUUUCCAUAUAUAUAUUUUAGUUUUAAAAGAGGAUUGUAAAACCACUAUUCACUAACCAAUACUUUAGCCUCUCUUCACCAAGAAAGUACUAGUCAUAUAUAUUUGUACAUAGUAAAGAUUUUUUUUUUUUUUUUCGAAUUUAAUAUAAACAUUGGGUGUUGGCUUUACCAGGUAAUUUACCAUUAAAAACAGGGCUCAAUCAAGUUCUACCUCUGUUACUUUGUUCACAUUGAGUUCCUCUUAAUGUGCUAUUUAUUGUCUCUCUUAAGUCUUAAGUGUGUGUGUUUGUAUAUAUUUUUGAAAUAAUUUAUUAAUCGCUAAGUUAUUGUAUGUUUGGUUGUGGCAUCCAGAGACUAUUCUCGUACCACACAACCUAAGUCGCUGAAUGAGCUUUAAUUGCGUUGUAAAUAAAGACAGAAAGAUGAAAA